AUGCCGGAAGUGCAGGUGCAUUUGCGUGUCACGUUUGGUGGUUUGGGACCAAAACAGUCCGUCAAUCGACCACUUAUUGCGACGUAUGCGCUGAAGAUACUUGCUACCGGAGCUUGAAAUACCUUUGGGCACUGAACCAUGGCCCUUAAUAAGAACAGCUCAGAAUCUGGCGGCAUCAUCAUAAACAACAGCGAAAGCAUAUUGAUGACCUAUGAGAAUGUGGAGCUGACGUUUUGUGAGGCAGACCGUCUCCCUGAUGCUUUCAAGAAAAGUAGGAAGGGAAGCGUCUACAUGACCCCAUACAGGGUGAUCUUCCUGGCGAAAGGCAAAGAGGCCCUGCAGUCGUUCAUGAUGCCUUUCUACCUGAUGAAGGGCUGUGAGGUCAAGCAGCCUGUACUGGGAGCUAAUUACAUCAAGGCGACAGUCAGCGCAGAACCAGGGGGAGGCUGGGAAGGCACUGCAAACUUCAAGCUGAUCUUCAACGCAGGCGGAGCCAUCGAGUUUGGCCAGCACAUGCUGCACGUGGCCGCCCAGGCAUCCAAAGGACAGCCAGUUCUGGGGAAUUUCGGAAACUGCCCCUUUAUGGCGGCGAACGGGGCCUGCGCUUACCCCCCUCCUCCAGCCAAUGGGAUGUAUGCAGCGGGGCCCCCUCCUGGCUAUAGCUACCCCGCCCCCCCACCACCUGAUGGCUUCUAUCCUAACCCCCCAGCGUUCGACGGCCCUGCUGCCUACAUGCCCCCUCCCCCGUAUUCUGCACCCCUGGGGCAGUCGCCGCAAGGCCUGGACCUGCCCAAAACCUCUGCAGCUGAGGCUAAGGCAGCCGAGGCAGCCGCCAGUGCUAGCUGUGUCUCUCCUUCUCAUGUCUAUCUGCCAGAGGACAAGCCUCCCCCCUACUCCCCACCCGAGGACAAGAAGAAGCAGUAGAGUAGGCCUGAGCCACCCGCGGUCUCUCCCAGCCCAGCCCAGCCCCGCUCAGCCCAGCCUCUCCAGCUACUGUCCUUUCCCCUCUCUCUCUCCUCAGGCUGCUGAGUCUGUCAUCUCUCCCUCUCUCCCUCUUUCCUUUUGCAUCCGUUUCUUAAGCAGGCUUCUCUCUAAGCUUCACUGGUGCCACUCUCUCUGUCUCGUGGUUUGGAAUCUGGAACAGAUGAGAACGGAAUGUUACUGUUGCCGCGGCAAUGACUCGGAAAAGAUGGCGGUGGUGGUAGCUAGUCUGUUGUGGGGCCAGAGACAGUGUAGAGGGUAGACAGUGUCGCCGUGUCCGACUGAGAAGAAUGAAUGACCGGUAGCCUGCCUCACUGUUAGUGAAUGUAUAUGAUGUUUAUUUUAUUUCAUUUAAUUUCAUUUUAGUCUGACUGCUUUCUACCAAAUCAAAACUAACUUGGAGUAACACUAAACUAGCUAGUCAGUGUUUAAUUGUCGUUCUGUUUGUCCGUUUGUAUGUAUUGUUAGGAGUUUUUUGGGGGGUGGGGGAAAUGCAGCCUGGGACCAAUGUACUAAUGCAUAGUGAAAGGCCAGUGUGAAGUUAUUGGUAGCGACCGCAGGUGUGGGGGAAAACACUAGCAUCCUGUGUGAAGUUAUUGGUAGCGACCGCAGGUGUGAGGAGAAACACUAGCAUCCUGUGUGAAGUUAUUGGUAGCGACCGCAGGUGUGAGGGAAAACACUAGCAUCCUGUGUGAAGUUAUUGGUAGCGACCGCAGGUGUGAGGGAGACGUUGAUCUGGGAUCAGUUGGCAGGGGGAAGCCAUAUUGGGAGGAUUACAGUCAGAAGCCAUCUACCCCACUUAACCCCUCACACAGGCCCCCCCUCCCCCCGCUGGGUGACCUCUGACCUCUGGGCAAGCAUCUCGGCAGACACGGCACUGGGGCAUACUAUGUCUCUGCACCCUGUGUGUGUGUGUGUGUGUGUGUGUGUGUGUGUGUGUGCGCUGUACAGCAUGCUGACUGAAUGCCUCAGUGUCGUCGUGUCGCUUGUAUGAAGGUUUCUCGAUCUGUCAAUCAAGCAGAAGCUGUCCAGGAAGCUGCUGAUGUCUCAACGGAUCCGUCCCAGUUCUGGGCCGGAUCUGGGCUGGAUCAGUUCCAGGGUCAGCUGCUGAAUUGGAGCCACCCUACUGUUUGCACUUUAAAAAUGCUACGCUAUGCAGCAGCGACCAAACCCCACCUAACCGCCCGCCUCCCCCCCCCCCCCCUCUCUCUUUCGCUCCUCAUUGUAAAAUUGAUAAUAUAUGCGCUAUUUAUUUCCAUACAAGAUGACUACAACAUGACGUACUUUACUUGAAUGUCGAGCUGUACCAGUCUAGCAUGGGUUUUGAACUGUGACGUCAACUCUGCAUCAGUUUGGAUUUUAAUAAACUAAACUUGUGUGAAGUGAAA